CACGAGCUCAGUUGCCUAUCGCCAACCACUAUGGCUGCGACCACCACCCUCCUCAAUGAGAUCCGCCGGGCGCAGCGUGCCGAUGGCCCCGCCGCUGUGCUGGCCAUCGGCACGGCCGUUCCGGCGAACUGCGUGCGCCAGGACGAGUUCACCGACUGGUACUUCCGCAUCACCAAGAGCGACCACCUCGCCAAGCUCAAGGCCAAGAUGAAAAAGAUGUGUGACAAGUCAGGCAUCAAGAAGCGCUAUUUCCACCACACCGAGGAGACGAUCGGCGGACACCCGGAGUUCACGGACCGCGCGGCGGCGCCGUCGCUGGGCGCGCGGCUGCGUGUAUCCGCGGACGCCGUGUCCGAGCUCGCCGCGGCCGCGGCGGAGAGGGCGAUCGCGGAGUGGGGCCGCCCGGCGGCCGACAUCACGCACCUCGUUGUCGCCACAAACUCCGGCGCCGGGGAGCCGGGCACCGACCUCCGCCUCGCGGCGCUCCUGGGCCUCCGCCCGACCGUGCGCCGCACCCUGCUCUACUUCCACGGCUGCUCCGCGAUCUUCACGGCGAUCGGCCUCGCCAAGGACGCCGCCGAGAACAACCGCGGCGCCCGCGUGCUCGUGGCCUGCGCCCACGCCGUGCUCCUCCCCUUCCGCGCCCCCGACGAGAACAGCCUCGACACCCUCGUCGCCAUGGCCCUGUUCGGCGACGGAGCCGGAGCAGCCAUCGUCGGUGCCGACCCGACGACAGACCCCAUCGAGCGCCCCGUGUUCCACGUCGUGUCGUCCUCGCAGGCGACGCUACCGGGGACGGAGCACGCCGUGGCGAUCAACCUCGGCGAGAGUGGCGUCGACUACCGCAUGUCCGUCGAGGUGCCGGCGCUCGUCCGCGGCGGCCUGGAGCGGUGCCUGGCGGAAUCCCUGGCGCCGCUCGGCCUGGCGAACGCCAGCGGCACCGGCUGGAAUGGUCUUCUCUGGGCGGUGCACCCUGGCAGCCGACCGCUCUUGGACAGCUACGAGGCCGCCAUGGGGCUGGAAACCGGUAAGCUCGCAGCGAGCCGGUGCGUGCUGAGCGAGUACGGCAACAUGUUCGGCGCGACGGUCAUCUUUGUCCUGGAUGAGAUACGGCGGCGCCGCCAGCAUGGUGAGGAGGAAGGGGAGGAUUGGCAAUGGGGGAUCAUGUCGGGGCUGGGGCCGGGGCUCACUGUCGAGACUAUAGUUAUGCAUGCCACCGCUGGCAGGAGGAACGAAGACUAGCUUAUCCUAGCUUCUUGCAAGGAUGCGUAUUGCGUAACGUGGUUUGGGUGUGACUAAUAAAUUGAAAAAUGGCAAAUUUAUAGAAAGAUAAAUGAGUAUUACUCUGUUUCCAGAUAAAUCUACUAGCAUUAUUUUUAUAUUAUUAUA